UUAUGGUUACGGUUAGGUAAGGGUUAAGGUUAUGUUUAGGGUAAGGGUUAAGGUUCUAGGGUAGGGACGUCCCAAGGAGUCAGAAUAGCACUCCGUUGAACUGCUUCGAAACAUCUUCAUGGACUUUUGAAUUAAGUGCAAAUGGCAGUCUCGCUUAGUCGCUUCACUCCCGACAGCUCCACUAGAAUGCAACAAAGAGGUACCCCCUUACCAUCAGGUUCCCACAGCAACCACCUCUGAGGUCAACUGAAGUGUGCAAGUCUCUCUUGUACUAAGGAGUUGUGAAUGAGACUGCCAUUGCUCCGGUCCAGAACAAACCUCACUGGACACCUCAGGCAGAGGGAGACUUCCCCAUGAAUGGAGCCCCUGCACUCCAGGAGUCUUUGCUAAAACAGAGAGAGCGACCAGAAGACUACAGCCUGAACCAGCCCUUUGGCUUUCAAACUCAAUUCAACUUCAAAUAUCUUUACAAAUAACAGACUGCAAUCAUCUGAGAAAGAGAGUGAGGAAUAAGCAUCAAAGACACUAUUGAAGCCAGACUCUGGUCUGGCGGUAAGAUACCCAUACACAGUGAGCCUGCCCCUGCUGUCCUCCGAUGGAGACCCCGGGUAGAGCGAGACACUGCUGCAACGUUACAGAUUUGAAGACACAACUCUGAGGCACGAAUGUACGUAGGUGGAGAAUGUCAAGCUACAACCUGUGAACAGGGGGACCCCCAGUAAAGGAGUCAUCCAGAGGGGAACACAGCGUUGCAGUGUGCGACAUGAAUGCAGUGAAAACUACUGAGCUGUCUGUCCACAGUAAGGAGAACAGGCAAAGUCCUGGACACCUAAAGACUAAAGAGGACGAGGAGGACCCCUGGGACAGGAAGGACCCCAGUAACCACACAACCAGGAAGCAUCCCUCAACCAUUGGGGGAAAGAAUGUUCUGCAGUUAAGACUUCAGCAGAGGAGGACUCGAGAGCAGCUUGCAGACCAAGGCAUCAUGCCUCUGAACCAUGGGAAGUUUCCUAAGCAAGAGGACUCGUAUGCAUUCGAGGAGGACAGUAGCAGUGACAGUCUGUCUCCAGAGCAACACCACAGUGACGAGUCCCAGGGGUCCGCAUGCCCCUCCUCUGAGGCCAUGGGCAGCACCCCCUCCUCCUCCUCAUCACCAGCCCUCACUAGCCCUAAACAGGGGUGUCAGAACAGGGACCCGUCUGAUCAGAGCAAGGAAGAUUGCUUGUCUGCGGCUAACAAUGGGCUGUCUGCCACCCCACCCAUACCUGUCCCUGCCAUAGUCAAGUCCAAGAUAUCGGACAAAAACCGCCACAAGAAGCCCAAAGACGUGAAGCCCAAGGUGAAGAAGCUGAAGUACCACCAGUACAUCCCUCCGGACCAGAAGCCCGAGAAGUCUCCCCCUCCCAUGGACUCAGCCUACGCCAGGCUACUGCAGCAACAACAGCUCUUCCUUCAGCUGCAGAUCCUCAGCCAGCAGAAACACGCACACACACACUCCCAGCAUACACACUCCCAACACACACAGGCCCAUGCACAUCAACGGCAGCCUAGUUUCAGCUACCAGCCCCUGCACCAGCCAGUCCAAGCCCAAAAACAAUCCAGUGAGCAGCUGACGGUGGGUAGCUCCAGUGUUACUACUAACAUGGUCAACAGCAGCUCCUCGUCUCCAGUUAAGACCACAUACUCUGGUCAAACCAGCAUCUCACCAGUCAAACCUGGUCCUCUGCCACCGAACCUGGAUGACCUGAAGGUGUCAGAGCUCAGGCAGCAGCUUCGUAUCCGGGGCAUGCCCGUCUCAGGCACCAAGACAGCCCUCAUUGAGAGACUCCGCCCCUUUAAGGACCCCACCUCAAGCCCCUCGCAUUCAGGCUCCAAUGACAUCACCACGGUCACCUUCCCUGUCACCCCCACGGGGUCCCUGUCCUCCUACCAGUCCCCCUCCUCCUCCAGCGCCCUCUCCCAGGGGGGAUAUUACCCUUACCCCAGCACCUCCUCCACCCCACCCAUCUCCCCCGCUUCCUCAGACCUCUCCCGUAGCGGCUCGCUCCCAGACAGCUUCAGCGACGUGCCCAUGUCCUCUCCUCCACAGUUUGGCCUCCAGCCGUCCCCGGCCCAGCUCAGCUCUGAAGAAGGCCUGGGGGGAGGGGGUCUGAGUGGGGCAGGACUACGGGGAGGGGAAGGUGCAGGGAUGGAGGGUCUGGAGGCAGAGAAGGAUAAGAUGUUGGUGGAGAAACAAAAAGUGAUCGAGGAGCUGACGUGGAAGCUGCACCAGGAACAGAGACAGGUGGAGGAGCUCAAGAUGCAGCUGCACAAGAGGAAGCGUUGCCAUGGCGCCACACAUGAGGGUGUCCCGGCUCCGUCCCAGCCCCACCACCUGCACCUACAGCAAUCCCCCACGCUGAUGGGGCAGCACUUCUUUGGAGUGACUGUCAAACAGGAGCCCAUGUCCCUCUCCUCCAGCUGCCCCCUCUCCUCCCCCAAGCACCUGAAGAGUCCUCCAGGAAGCUCCAUGGAGGGGAUGGGCCACUGCGGUGCCUCCCUGACCAAUAUGGGGGGCCCUGGUGGGCAACGAUGCCUGGACUCAGUCCCCUCCUCAGGAAGUCCCUCUGGCAUGUCUGCCUUCCUCAGCCCCCAGUGCUCUCCUCAAGACUCACCCAUCGCCAAGACCUCCAGCAGCUCCCAACCUUCCUCCCCCAACAACCCCUACCUGCUGUCACCGCCGCUGGGCAGAGACGGCUGUAGCCACUCCCUCAACCAGACCAGCACCAGGCCCCGCAACAUGCAGAUUCAGCAGAAGAAUGGAGGACAGGCUGUGAACUGCUCCUAUCCCUCUGACCAGAGAGGCCUUCAGUCAGUGUUCCCCAACUCGACCGACAACGGCCUGAUCCACAGGGUCAACACUAAGGCUAAGAACCCAAACAUGCAGCAGAAGAUGGCAAUAUUGCCCUCUCCCCGGCACGUUGGCCAAAAGUGCCUGGUCUCAACCCCGGCCUUCUGUAGCUCAGAUUCAACUGCAUUCGACUCUAGACAGCCCCCUUGCUAUGAGGAUGCAGUCAAGCAGCAACUGACUAGGAGUCAGCAGAUGGAUGAGCUUUUGGAUGUGCUCAUAGAGAGUGGAGAGAUGCCAGCUAACGCCAGAGAAGAGAGGGAGAGGUCCUCUGUAACCAAAGUUGUGCCUCACAUUACAGUUUCCCCCGGAACCACCUGCCUCGCCGUCCCAAAGUUCAACCAAAGACACUACGAACACCUGCCCCCCUCCCAGCUCAACUAUGACCACACAGCCAAUCACAUUGCAGACAGCCACCUGGAGAACCUGCUGGGAAGCCCCCUAGGCCGAGGGGGCGAGGUCGCCCUUCUCAAGAUGGCUGCCGAGGAAGCAGGGGAGGGGGAGGAGAGGGGUGAUGGACCUGAGGGCUACCCCAGCACCAAUCACCACCACCACCACCCUCACCAACACCAACACCCCCACCAGGACAAACUUCUCCCCAACAGGGACCUGAUGGAAACGCCAACGCCUCUAUCUGCCAUCCACCCCAUCAACGCCAAAGUGUCAUCCGUGGCCGAGGCGCAGGGGAUGGUCGGCAUGACGUUCAGCGAGUCGCCGUGGGAGACGAUGGAAUGGCUGGACCUGACGCCCCCAAGCUCGGCUACGGGGUUCAACUCCGUCCCGGCCGCCGGGCCAAGCAUUUUCAACACAGAGUUCCUGGAUGUCACAGACAUCAACCUGAAUACAGCCAUGGACCUUCAUCUAGAGCACUGGUGAAACACCAGAGACUGGCUAUGGAGCAGCUAGCCACUAUCAGCUAUCCACUAGCUGGCUAGGUACCUACAAAAAAAAAACACACUAGACGACUAGCUAGCUACUCGCUAGCUACCUAGAAAACACGAGACUAUAGUGUCUAGCUAGCUCCCCAAAAGACAAAGGAGACUAGCUAGCAACUAGCAUCCAGCUAGCAAAAAAAUUGCUGGGUUAGAUACUGACCAGAGACACUGACCAGCAACUAAAAACACACAGCAGGAGACCAGCUGAAGAUUUCACACCAAAUUCGCCUUGGUCCCAACACCGGUUCCAGAAAACCUUACAAUGGAAUUUUAAGUGCAACGAUUUACCAAAGAACACAAGCAGAAUCACACAGAAAUGCCAUAUAGUUUGUUGAUAACGAGCAUUGAAACAUUUUUUUUUUUUUUACAUGAUCUUUAUCAUCUUGGACAAUGAUGCGCACAACUACCGAAGCAGUAUGACUCUGGAUAGAUCCAUGACGGAUGUUCAUUAAAUGAAUGCUAUGGAUGAAAAAAAUAUUCCAACGUUGCCUUAUGAGAAGUCUAUAGGAUUUAUGCAAGUAGUUUCUUACAGUUGUAAGUGCUAUGCCGCCUAGACUUGAAGACACAUAUUUCGACAAUCAAUGUAUUAUUUGUGAAGAGAGUGUCUAUGUUUGUAUUACUGGAAACCAAAAGAAGACAAGCUUAAUUGGAUGAAAUCGAAUGCCAAAUUUGUAAAUAUUAUAUGGUUACUGACAGAGGCAAGUUUAGGUCUGCAUAAUUGUCAGUGGUGUGGGAGAGAACACUUUAGAAACUAUCACAAAGUCAAAUGUAUCAUUUUAGUAUGUAGUUUGAUAUUUUCAAUGUAAAUGUUUAAAAUCUCACAUUUUGCGCCUUGAUUAUUAGCCUAGAAGAUUGUCACACUUUGCUUAAGCCUAGAAUUUAUUUGCAGGGAAAGCAUUUAGUUUGCCAUUUCAUGCAAGUGCUCGCGUAGGUUUCUUCUCACGCUGAACUGGUAUAUUUAUUCACAAUAUUAUAUUAAGAUGAAUACUUAGCUUUAGUCUGAAAACCCAUUUGUCAGAGUUUUUCGAUAAAAGGGGCAGUGUCUUCAGAUGCAGUAAUGCAUAUGGAUUGUAGGAAGAGACAGCAAUAUUUCACUCAGUUUGUGCCUUAAACACUUCACAAUAAGAAUCUCUUGGCAUUUCAAAAAUUAAGCAUUUCCUGACUAUGUCCCCUCACACCAAACAAUGUAGCCAUUACUUGGGCCACACAAAGCAUUUACAAUAAUUCAAGACCUGGUACUCUACAGUGCAUGGUUCACCACUUUUAUCACACUGCUUUGAUAAAUCAUAUUACAUUUUUAGUGCAAGGCUCCAGCUUUUUAGUCACAGCCAGGAAGUCUGAAGUAUGGCAAGAAAAUCAGUCUAAAUUUCAUCUCUAUUUUUUUUUCUUUUUUCGUUAUCUACAAUAAAUGGUUUUGUAUUUGAGCUUUGGAAAAUUCACCAGUUUAUAUAUUAGUGAGCAUCACUUAGUUAUUUAUUUUUUCAUUUUUUAUUUUAUUUAUACGUUGAUAGAGUAUAUUUAUUUUUGACAUUCCUUUAUGAUAAAAAUGGGAUUCUUGAUUUACAAACUCGUAUGCCGCGGUUUUGAUCUUGCAUUGUUCUUCCCAAAACGUUGAAGAAAGAUGCCUGUUUGAAAUGGUAUAUGAAUUGAACCAAAUCAUCUACAAAGAAAAUUAUAUUUUCUAAAAACAGUGUUGUCAGUUUUCCAUGGAGAACCAACAUGAUAUAAAAAGUACUGCAUAUAUGCAGAGUAAAUAUCCAUUCUUACCAGCACUUGUGAAUAUCAAAAUGUAAUAUAUACAGAGUUUUGACUAUCCUGUGAAUCUAGCAGAGAAUAAUCCAUGUUCAAUAUGUUACAUAAAGUAUGUGUAACCUUUCUACAAACGUGGUUCUAAAGCCACCAUUACACGCUGCAGAGGUUUGGGGUAGGAUCUGUACAAUGAUUUUUGAAUCCGGAAGGAAAAACAUGUUGAAAAUACAAGUUUACUGAAAUGUAUUCAUGAAAACUGUGAAUAUAGCUAAAAUAACUACCCAUCUGCAAUAGAUGUAUAUGACGUCUAUGGCUAAACUAAAUGGGACCGUUCUUGUAAGGACACAAAUUGAGAAGUUAGAACAAGUAAGCAUAACUAUGGGUAUGAUUUUAAUCAUGUGACUACCAGAUUGACUGAGAUUUUGUGAUGACACUGAAAUGGGGAAGAACUUUCAAAACAUUAACUCAGACUUAGUCGAGCCAUCUGUCAGAUUCGGUUCAGUAUUAUUGUUAUUUUGACCAAAGUGGGGUCAUUUCCCUCAAAUGCUCUUUAAAAAUGUGUUUUAAGUAGAAGACCCUUAUUCUCUGUUACUUCUGAAGUAAGCCGUGGCACCCUUGUGUAUAGGUUUUCUGUGGUUGCAACCACCCAUGUUGUCACCCCAGAUGAGUCAAGCCAUGCGUUUUUUUUUUACAUACAUACAUACCAACCACACACAUGUAUACAAAACAUGAACACCUACUCUUUCCCUGACAGACUGACCAGGUGAAUCCAGGUGGAAGAUAUGAUCCCUUAUAUAUGUCACUUGUUCAGUGUAGAUGAAGGGAAGAAAACAGGUGAAGCCCUGAGACAUGGAUUGUGUGUG